CGCAACAACUUUUUCAGUGCUUCUCGAGUAGACGAACGACGAGACACAGACGGCACUCUCAUCGACGGCAACCAGAACCUUUGCCGGCGGUGGGAGCGCUUCGGCUUCUUCUCUAGUUCAUAGUCGAAUUUCUCUGGGUUUACUCUGUGCGCACACCGGACCGGAGAUCUUAUUUGAUCCUCAAUUACAAGUCUUUGAUCCCAUCACCAUACUACAACAAUGGCCCAAGAUUCUGCUGACUGGGAUGCUGAUGACGAUUUGGAUUUGGAGAUCGAUAACUUUCAGUCAUCUCCACCGUCAUCUCCGGUGAUCACAUCCCUCACAUCUUCAGACGAGACUUUUGCUAUGUUGGUUGACAUGGGAUUCUCUGUUGAGAUGAUUGCUAGAGCAAUCGAGGAAAACGGACCAAAUGCAGAGACUUCGGUGAUUAUUGAUACUAUCUCCAACUACUCUAAACACUGUGAAGCUAGUUCUUCCAAGUCCAAGACUAUUGAUCAUUUCCUUGCGAUGGGAUUUGAUGAGGAAAAGGUCAUCAAAGCCAUACACGAACAUGGAGAAGAAAAUACGGAACAAAUAGCCGAUUCACUCGUCUCUUGUGCGGUCGUCUCUUGUGCGGCAGAGGAAUUGCCUAAAGUAAAAGAAGAAGAUGACAUUGACUGGUCAGAUAGUGAUAAUGAGAUAAAUUACUCCGAUUUUUUGAGCUCAGAUGAUGAGAAACAUCUAGACUCCUCCCUUGGAAACAGCAGUCAAGUGCUCGAUUUGGUGAAAAUGGGUUACUCGAAGUUGGAAGCUUCCCUAGCUUUGGAGAGAUGUGGAGAGAAUGUGAGCACCGCAGAUCUGGUAGAUUUCAUUUGUGCUGCUCAGAUUGCUCGAGAAGCUCCUGAGUUUCACGCUGACCCUGAAGAACGAAAGCCAAGACAUGACGUCAAGAAAAGGAGGAUAGAGCCAAAAAGAGAGCCUAGGUUAUCUACUGAUGCUGACGAGCCAGUUCGUCUACCAAAUCCAAUGAUAGGAUUUGGGCUCCCAAAUGAGCCAGGACUCAUCACACAUCGAACGCUCCCAGACUUAGCUCGAGGUCCACCAUAUUUCUACUACGAGAAUGUUGCUCUUGCACCUAAAGGCGUUUGGGAGACCAUCUCAAGACAUUUGUAUGACGUCGCACCGGAGUUUAUGGACUCAAAAUACCUAUGCGCUGCAGCCAGAAAGAGAGGAUACGUACAUAAUCUCCCUAUCAGCAACAGGUUUCAGAUUCAGCCUCCUCCAAAAUACACAGUUCAGGAAGCGUUUCCACUAACCAAGAAAUGGUGGCCAAAAUGGGACGAAAGGACCAAGCUGAACUGUAUACUGACUGUUACAGCCAGUGCUCAGUUGACUAAUAGGGUCCGUAAUGCCCUUGAGGCUCAUAGUGGGGAACCGUCAGAGGCUACAAAAAGAUAUGUCAUGAAGGAGUGCAAAACGUGGAAUCUUGUAUGGGUGGGAAAAAACAAAGCCGCACCACUCGAGCCUGAUGAAAUGGAGACUCUUCUGGGAUUUCCAAAAAACCAUACACGAGGUGGUGGUAUGAGCAGGACUGAGCGUUAUAAGUCACUGGGCAAUUCUUUCCAGGUAGAUACAGUCGCAUAUCAUCUUUCGGUCCUGAAACCUUUGUUUCCAAAUGGAAUCAACGUUCUCUCUUUGUUCACGGGAAUCGGUGGUGCAGAAGUAGCGCUUCACCGUCUACAAAUCCCAAUGAAGACAGUGGUUUCCGUUGAGAUCUCAGCAGAGAACAGAAACAUCCUCAAGGAUUUCUGGGAGCAAACUAACCAGACAGGUGUCUUAAUUGAGUUUGCUGAUGUCCAAGAACUAACAACCUCCAGAAUUGUAGAGCUGAUGAAGAGGUUUGGUGGGUUUGAUCUCGUGAUCGGAGGUAGUCCUUGCAACAACCUCGCUGGCGGGAACAGAGUGACCAGAAGUGGUCUUCACGGUGAACAGUCCGUCUUGUUCUAUGAGUAUUGUCGAAUCCUUGAGGUGGUGCGUGAGACAACAGCGAGAAUGAGGAGAUCGUGAUGAUUUUGGGAUAAAGACAAGCUGAACUCUUAUAUUACUUUGUGUGUUAUUCUUAUAUCUUUGUCUGAGGACAGGUGCUGAAUAUGUAGCAGUGGUCGCACAGUAUCAAAAAAAAAAAUUGUAGUUGGGACAUUAGUUUUAGGUGGUGGAUUUUGAAGAUAAGCGUCUGUCUGUUAUGAACUGUUGCAUCGGUGUUUAAUAAAACGCCGGCGUUUUAAGUCUAGAUA